AUGGGAAAUAUCUCGUGUUUAGGUACAAUGGCAGUCUGCAAUUGCACAACAAGAAUUUUCAGCAACAACGGACUGGAAAGACAAGUGAAGUCAACAGACAUGAUCAAAAAUCAACAAGCUUCAAUAUAUGAUAGAGGCAGCAGUGUAAAAGGCCAGAAAAAUACCCUUACACUUCAAAAUUUCCUGAACAGACUCUUGCUAACGGUGAAAGCGACACAGUAUGUUCCAAGAUCCUUCUGUGAACAACUUUCUACAUCAGACAAUAAGAGAGCAGCUGUCCUCCGUAAUUCAGAAGGAAAAGGGUGGAAAGUGAAUUGUAUAACACAAAAUGGAUAUCAUGCUUUCUGUGGAGGAUGGAAACAGUUUGUGAGUGAUAACAAUCUUAAGGAACAGGUCUGUGUUUUUCAGCUUGUCAAUGCAAAUGAACUAAAGGUUUCUGUUUUCAACGAUCCUUCGGAAUCUCUGUUGAAACUUGCUGCACAAAGAUGA